AUGGCUUGGACCCGAUAUCAGAUAGGUCUUGCCGUCUUGAUGGUGGUGACAGGAUCGUUAAACACGUUGAGUACAAAGUGGGCUGAUGAACUUACAGCUGAUGGAGAACCUGGCUCUCUUUCAAAUCGUCAUUUUGAUCACCCAUUUUUCCAGGCUGUUGGAAUGUUCAUUGGCGAAAUGACCUGCCUGCUUGUCUUCAAGUUUAUGGUUUGUUACCGCAGAACAAAGAAUAUACCUGUGGACAUUGGUGAGCAGAACUUCUCGCCAUUUGUUAUGAUGCCAGCAUCAUUAUGUGAUAUGACCGGUACUUCUCUUAUGUAUCUUGGUUUGACUUUAACAUCUGCAUCGAGUUAUCAAAUGCUGCGAGGCGCCGUGAUCAUCUUUACUGGAAUGUUGUCUGUUGGGUUCCUAAAUCAAAAACUUUACUGUUUUCACUGGACGGGUAUCAUGACUGUGGUGGCUGGUCUUGUUGUUGUCGGUGGUGCUGAUAUACUUUUUGGUGAAGAAACCCAUAAUUCAGACAUAAACGGUAUCAUAACAGGAAAUCUUCUUAUUAUCAUGGCACAAGUUAUAGUCUCAGUUCAAAUGGUGUAUGAACAAAAAUUUCUGACUAAGUACAACGUGCCUCCGCUACAAGCUGUUGGAUGGGAAGGAAAUAAACUACCUUGA